AGUGAACCACACGGUGGAACAGCAACACUGAUACUUUUGUGAUGUGGGAUUCAACGUCCGGACUGUAGGAACGAUGUCAUCAGAAACCACACCAAACCCACAACAAAGCCAAAAUACCAAUACGGAAGAGACAGGAGGACCUACCUCCCAGGCAACCGACGGUGGAAGAACCCAGAAGGGAACCGAAAUCCAGGCAGCCGGACGGACCAUUGCGACCUCUAAAAAGUCCAGACUAUCUACGAUAGCAGAGCGCCAACAAAACACCGCGGGCCCUGGCGACGAGGAGUCCAACCCCGAAGAGGAGAGCAACGCAGAUGAGGUGUUAGGGUUACUAAGAGCCGCACCCGGUAAACCCACCCAAACACCAGGGACGGGACAAAAGAGAGCGCUCGAAGAGAUCGAAGACCCGUCGGAUGAAGAGGAGCAAGCCGCGAUCCUCAAAAAGGCGAUGGCUGCCCAACGCAAAGGAGACGAUGCACGGGCUGAGAUGUUCUUUGACAUCCUAGCAGAUCUGAAAGCUAAAUCCACGUUGAAACCAACGGAGGCAAACCCCUAUCACGGGGCAUUAAUCCCUCAAAAAUCCCUCGCGAUGGUCGGUAUCUCAUCGACCGAACCCCAAAUCAAGGAAGGAGGACUUUCGUUCUAUGGGAAAGGAGUCAACACCUUCCAAGACAUGGGUUUACCCACGUUCUUCGAUAAGAAUAUGAAAGAGCUGAAAGGCCCGAUACCGCUGACCAUAUUCAACAAGAAGUGGCAAGACGCCGCCGUCCUAUUCCAUGCCGACAAACGAACCAAAUCGGAUGAUUCUUCGGAGACCAAAGACAGAUAUUCCGGCCUCAAGUUCCAAAACGAAUGGGAACAAUCGUUCAGCGAUUGGACGAUUAACCACCGCGCCUUCCACCUCGCCCUCCGCGACAUCUACCGGUUCCCCACCUUCGCGGGCUGGCUCCUGGUCCACAAAGCAAACUGCGACAGGAUGCAAGCCAAAGAUGGCUUCAUGACAGCCUUGAGGUACGACAUCCAACUCAGGACAAACGUGUUCGCACACCGGGUAGUCAUAAACGGAGACCCAUCAGUACCCGACAUAUCGGUAUUACGGACAGACAUCGCGGAGUCCUGUUACGCAGAGGCUCGCAACUUCGAUGAACUAGGAUUCAGAGACACCAACCCCUACGCGGCAGGGGGACCAAGAGCUCAUCUCGACCCUCUAACCUGUUUACCAAAACCGGGUAAACAACCGUUUACCAAGAACCACCAAACCCAAAACUUGACAUCCCACGGCCAACUACCCCAACAAGGCUACUACAACCAACAACCGACAUACGGCCAAUACCAACCCCCGCAUCAUAACCAGGGCCACUACCAACAGCCCACAUUCUACCAACCCCCUACAGGUGGCAACAACCACCCCAACCAGAAACAGUCCGACCAACGGGCCCCGAAAAGUGGCGGCUACAAGGGAAAGAAUUUCAUCCCCAAUUACCAAGACCACCGACGCGGUGCAGCCCAGCCACCGAACCAGAACAACGGCCAAAUGGUUUUGAGCAGCCAAUCGUAAGUGCCACUAAUUCUCCCCAAUCCUCUUGUUCAAUUCUCUUACCCACUGCCUCUCUUAACCCAUUCCCACCAUCAC